AUCAAUAAGCAUUGGGAAAAUGAAUAAAGAAGAAGGAAAGCUAGACUGCUAUACUGCUGAUGCCAACAGUACUAUCAAGUUCCAUUUGGUAGACACGGACAAGCUCACCAACAGCGAGUCCUUGAGUGCCUUCAAACCGAUGUAUACCCAUCAAAUCUUCACAUAUAUGGAGAAGAUUGUUGGCUACAUGGGGCUCAAGAUUGACAUUUACCUCAGCUGUGCGACACUUCGGGCUUUGCUGAAGGUCCGUUACACUGACUGAGUGAAGAAAAGAAACACUGUCGAGGAGAAAUUGUGCAGGCACUUUGGCAAAAACCUCACAAUCAACGAGGAAGUCUUCCAGAACUGGAUGAAGUCUGAUCUAGAUAAUUUUAGACCCAAGGGUAAAUAAAGUUUAUUCGUUCGAUAGAAUAUGUGAUAAGCAUCGUCAUUAUGAAGUCUAUAAGAUUAGAGUAACAGACAAGUGAUUCCCUAAGGAAUUGAAUCGUUCUCUCCAAGCAUUGCUGUUCUUUUACAUAGAGAGCGCCUCAUUUAUCGAGCAAGAUCCAUGUUGGCAUUAUUUCUUGCUAUAUGAAGUUGUCAAAAAGUUCAAAAAUAAUCCUCCUUCAUACCGCUUGAUAGGGUUUUCGACUACAUUUGAGGAAAUAGAAAAGAAGAAGACUACCCACCGCAUCUCUCAGUUCAUCAUACUUCCUGCAUACCAAAAGCAGGGCUUCGCAAAAGCCCUGGUCGAGGGGAUUUACAAACAUUAUAUUGACGACAAGAAAUGAAAAGAGAUUAGUGUCGAGAAGCCCACGAAAGCUUUUGAAAGACUGUGAGAAUCAGUCAAGACAAGUCUUCUCAAAGACGACUGUAAAGCCAAAAGAGUCGCUCAAGAGUCAGGAAGCUACAAAAACACUAAGAACACAAGGAUUUUAACCUCUGACGAUAAAUUAACAAAAAGAAAGAGGGGAAAAGGAAGACAAGGUGAAGCCCAUCUCAAGAUUGACAAAAAGAAAAAUAAGGAUAACACAGAGACAGGUGAUGAAAGCAACUGAUAUUUCAAGGACUCUACACUGUCCACUUCAAGCUUGAUAGACUCAGAAGAUAGUGAAUGGGUUGACCCUUUCGAAGAAACUAAAUGAUCGAUCACUCAAAAAUCUAAAAUGGUGCCAAGAAAAACAUCUCUAAGCAAGCACAAGCCGAGAGCUAAGAAAAGAGUGACUAAGGAGAAGAGUAAGAAGAAAGAGAAUGCAACCUGAGUGCUGAAAAGAAGAAAAAGAUUACCCAGGAAAGUUAAAAGAGUUAAAUUUUAG